CUUGUGCGGAUGACGUACUGCGAGGGGGUGGAGAACGAAUGGGCGCGCGUGCGUGGUAGCUGACUCAUCGAGGCAGGAGGUGGGGCUGAGUCCGGCGCGUGACAAUCCAAGAAACAUGACGGUGGACACAACAUCGCUCUCUUUUGGAAAUAAGGCCAUAUUGGCACCUAUGGUCAGGGUUGGGACCCUACCAAUGCGACUUCUAGCUUUGGAUUAUGGUGCUGAUAUUGUAUACUGUGAGGAGCUGAUUGACAUAAAGAUGCUGCAGUGCAAGAGAGUUGUAAAUGAGGUGCUUGGAACAGUGGACUUCGUUGCUCCCAAUGAAAGAGUUGUGUUCAGGACCUGUGAAAGGGAAAAGGACCAUGUUGUCUUUCAAAUGGGGACAGCAGAUGCUGAGAGAGCCUUGGCAGUAGCCAAACUUGUAGAGAAUGAUGUUGCUGGCAUUGAUGUCAACAUGGGAUGCCCCAAAGAAUAUUCCACUAAGGGAGGAAUGGGAGCAGCGCUCCUGUCUGAUCCCGACAAGAUAGAAUCUAUUCUGACUACUCUUGUCAAAGGCAUUUGUAAGCCAGUGACCUGCAAAAUCAGAAUCCUGCCGUCAAAAGAAGAAACAAUAAGUUUAGUGAAGAAGAUAGAGCGGGCUGGUGUUGCUGCUGUUGCAGUUCAUGGAAGGAAGAAAGAAGAGAGGCCUCAGCAUCCUGUCCACUGUGAUGUGAUCAAAGCCAUUUCUGAAGCAGUCUCUAUACCAGUAAUAGCCAAUGGAGGCUCUCAUGACUUCAUAAAAGAAUAUUCUGACAUAAAGGUCUUCCAGCAAGUAACAGCAGCAUCUUCCGUCAUGGUUGCUCGUGCUGCCAUGUGGAACCCCUCUGUCUUCAGGAAGGAAGGUCCAUGGCCUUUAAAGGAGGUCAUGCAGGAAUAUAUCAAAUAUGCAGUGAGAUAUGAUAACCACUACACCAACACCAAGUACUGCUUGUGCCAGAUGUUAAGGGAGCAAUUAGAAAACGCGCAAGGGAAGAAGCUACAUGCAGCACAAUCCAUGCAGGAAAUCUGUGAAGCUUUUGAGAUGAGCAGUUUUUACCAAGAAACUUCCACUCUUUUGGAAGCCAAGAAAGCAUCUUUAGAAGCUAACAACCAAGAUGAAGAAGACCACAGUGAAGAUUCUGAUGUCAUAAAAAUGGCUGUUAAAUUUGAUAAACGAGAAUAUCCCCCACAGAUCACACCCAAAAUGUGUCUCUUGGAAUGGUGUAGGAAAGAAAAGCACCCUCAGCCUCUUUAUGAAACUGUCGAAAGACCACUAGAUAGACUCUUCUGUUCUAUUGUCACGGUAGCAGAACAAAAGUACAGAUCAACCUUAUGGGAAAAGUCAAAGAAGUUAGCAGAACAAGCUGCAGCUAUUGCCUGUUUACGAACCCUUGGCCUCCCAGAAGGGAAGUGGAAUGAAGAAGCAAACCAUUUGGUUAACAAACGCAAGAGGCAAGACCAGGAACACUUGAACAACGGAGAGCACGGAAAUGACCUUGUAGCCGAGGCUGCUUGCAAAAAAACUCAUUUUCUUCCAGGAGCCUCUAACCCCAGUGUUUCUUAAGUGUUGUG